AUGAGGAAGGAAUUGUGCAGAAACUUUCAGCGUGGCAGUUGCCGGUUUGGGGAAGCAUGUAGAUUUCUUCAUCCGCAACAAGCUAAACCAAAUAAUCCCUUUGGAUUCGGUACACAAAAUCAGCAACAACAGCAACCACAACAGCAGCAGCAGCAGAAGAGUACUAAUCCUUUUGGAUUUGGUGUACAAGGCGGCUUUAAUAAACCAAAUCAAUUCCAGCCUUUUGAUAAUAAAUGGCAACGAAAUUCUUCUACACCUGGUGGUGGUGCUGUACAGCAGACUGCUAAACAGACGCAACAGGCAGAGCAUAAAUGCACAGAUCCUGCUGCGUGUAAGCUGAUAAUGCAAGACGAUUUCAAGAAUGAGAGACCCUUGUGGAAGCUCACUUGCUACGGUCACUGGAAAUGUUUGCCCUGUGAUGUUACUGGUGAUAUCAGCUACGAAGAGCUACGUGCGGUGGCAUAUGACGAAGCCAAACGUGGAAUACCUCUACAGUCUAUUGUUGAGAGGGAGAGGAACUUGCAGAAUUCCAAAGUAGCUGAGUUUGAAAACUUUCUACGGAAUCCAUACCAAGGCUCUGUUACCGUCAAUCAAAGCCCGUUUGCUGCAAUCACUCCUAGCAUCUUCCCACCAACGAAUCAGAUCAAUGCUCCUCCAGCAUUCUCUGGCUUUAACCAACAACCUUCAUUCCCCAAUACCAUCCCUGGUGGACUCAGUCCAUCUGGACCUCCGAAUGCGUUUGCGAGCUUUAAUCAACAACCAAAUACUUUCAGCGUCAACAACAACACUCCUCAACCUUUUCCUCCAGGUCCUUCUGGUUUCCAGACUCAACCAGUAGCAUUCAAGCCAGCAUCGUUUGGACCUGGACCAGGACUCUUCACAGCUCCACAAAACAACAACAUGUUUCCUUCAGUAACUCCAACCCCGUCUCUCAACACUUCUCAGAACAAUCAGUCCCCAUUCAGUUUCAAUAACCCUGUUGCGUCUUUCACUGCACCAAAUCCAUCUUCCGGAACCGAGCUGCAAUUAGAAGGUGCUUCUGUUGAUAACAGCGUCUGGUUAAAGGAGAAAUGGAAUCCAGGGGAGAUUCCGGAGCAAGCACCACCUGAUGCCUUUGUUUAA